UCAAAACCGAUUUAUCAAACAAACAUAAAAAGGAUCGAUCGAUUCGAACGCGGGUUUGAUUGAAGCCACAAGUUCCAAACCUGCGUUUUCUUCUAUAAACGUGAGUCUUGUUUUUUCUGUGGUGUUUGGAUAGAAGAAAACGUCAUUGUGCAGAACAUGAUGAAGUGUCCAAACGCAGGUUUGAUUGAAGCCACAAGUUCAAGCUUCUGCGUCAAAGCAAACGCAGCUUCAACUUUUCAGUGACAUCUAUAUUUACCAAAUUACCCAUAAGUUAUACACCAAUUUCCUACACAUAAACAUAUUUCUUCUUCAUUACUGCACAUCAUCAGUUCUCUAACAUAUUAUUCUCCCUCUGUUAUUUACCAAUUUUGCCUGUUUUUUUUAAAUGGUCAUUUUUGAAGUUCUGGUUUUUUUCUUUCUCUACUAUGCAUUUCACUCUCUAGGUUAGAGAGGAAGAAUUAUUGGGCUACAAUCAACCCGUUUCUUUUCUUUUAUUAAACAAGCCCAUAACUUCUUUUUACACCCCUUCAAAUAGUGAAAAAUCCAAGUCCAAUGCAUAUUUUUCUGAUGUUUUUCUCGUUUUUAUAUUUUAAAUUGUCUCCUUGCAUACUUUCACUUUUGGACUGCCUCAAUUUUAAUUUAUUUUGAACAUUGUUUCUGACAAUUUCAUCUUUCUAAGUGUAUAUAUAUUUGUUGUAUUUGUACUCCGACUUUAUCCAUUACGUACUAUUUUUGUGACAAUUUGAAAUUAAAUUCUUCUGCAUAUGUUGUAUUGUAGAUGGAUGUCGAAGGAAGGUAUAAGAGGUGACAUUCUGGAGACCAUCAUCUGGCCUGAACAGGGGAGGAUACGUAUUCCAAAGCAGUACUACAAGGACAAUAAGAAAGAAUUCAAUCUAAAAGCUCCUGGAAUGUUAAGAAAUGAUGAAGAGAUAACCAUUACAACACAUUUUGGAAAAGAUGACGUAGGUGUGUAUAUGACUCCGGGAGUUAGGGUUGCUAAGGUAUUUGGUUGCGAAGUUCCAACAAGAGUUAGGCUAGACUAUGACGGUGCAAAGAACUUCUUUAGAUUGACUCCACUAGGAAACAUCCUAGUUCCAAAUGUAUUCCCGACACGUGUUAAAGAGGAGCCAAUUCAGAUUGUAUCUGACAACGAAAUGGAGGAAGAGGAAGACGAAGACGAAGAUGAAACUGUAGAGGAAGACGAAACUGAAGAGGAAGAGGAGGCAGAACAUGAGGAAGAAGAACCUGAAAACCUUAAUUUCUAUCACUUUGAGAAGACUGUCACAAAAGCAUUGGCUUCCAUUAAAAAGCUUCAAGUGCUGCAUUUUCCAAAUUCAGUAUCAAGAAAGGUGUUGAAAAAAAGAUAUUUGAGAAUGCCGAUGGAGGAUGUGGAAACACGCAAGACCUAUCAAUGUUGGGUUAGGACAGCCCCAAGAAAGAACCAUGAGAAGAGUUUAGGUGGUGGAUGGUUUCAAUUUGUUGUUGACCGUGGUUUAAAGGUGAAUGACAAAUUGUUAUUCCAACUGGAGGACCCGCCUAAAAAAAUGUAUGUUCGACAUAUCCGUCACCAGUAAGAGCAUGAUGAAGGAGUAAGAAGCCAAAUAUUAGUUAUUAUGUUUUAUGAAAUGUAAUCAUCUAAUGCCCUUAUUAUGUUUUUGGAUGUUGAAACUUAUUUUCGGUUUGGAUAUAUUCCAGCCUUGACUUCACCACGACUUCACCACUACGGUGGUACCCUUGACUUCACCACUACGGUGGUCGCGACUUUA